UGAACUGUUAAAUCUCUGUCCCCUGACUCCUUAGAGACCAGCUUGUGAGCUUCAGGUCAGGAAGACUGCAGACUGAAAUAAGAAAAAUGAGGACAGCUCUACUCUUUCUCUGCAUUUUGGGAUUAGCCUGUGCCUUCUCAGUAAAAAACUACAGAAGAAGAUUUAAGGCAGAGGAUACAGAAGAAAAUGCAGUAUUCAAGAACCGAUACAGGUACUUCCUUCACAGAUAUCCUUACCUCUACUCACCCAUGAAAAGAUUUCAGUCUAAUAGUGACUCAUCUGAAGAAGGAUAUGGUGGAGAUAGUUCAGAGGAAGAAGAGGAGGAGGAGGAAGAAGAAGAGAAUGGAGAAAAGGAAGGUGGAAAAGAAAAUGGUGAUGCCACAGAGGCUCCUACAGGACCAGGGACCGGGGAUAAGAAUGGCGUUAGCAAUGCCAGACCUCCUAAGCAAGUGCCAGUAAGAGGAGAGCCUGUUCAGAAACCUGGGAAAGAAGGGGGUGCUAAAAAUGCCGAAAAGGAUAAAGCUCCAGAAAAAGGUGGAAAGAAAGAAGAAGAGGAAGAAGAAGACAGUGAUGAAGAUGAGGAAGAAGAAGAGGAAGAAGAGGAAGAAGAGGAGAAAGUUGAUGAGAAUGGUAGUGGUGUGAACGGGACAAGCACCAACAGCACUGCAGAGGAGAAUGGAAACGGUGGUCAAGCUGAGGAGGAGGAGGAGGAGGAGGAGGAAGGAGAAGAAAAAGAAGCAACCACAGUUGUUCUCACCACACUGCUCAGCACUGCCGUCCCCACCACAGAGUAUCAGGACCAUUAUGAAACCACCCAAGACAGGCAGUAUGAGACAUCUCCUAGAGAUCAGUGGCUCUCUGACACCACGACUGAAGACCCAUGGGCUUACGAUACCACCAGCACUGGCUAUGAGGUUCAGUCAGAGUACCAUGGGAGUGAGAAUGGGUACCCCCGGGGGGACACGUUUAGAACAUAUGAGGACGAGUACAGCUACUAUAAAGGGCAUGGGUAUGAUGUUUAUGGCCAGGAUUACUACUACAAUCAGUGAAGAAAUUAAGCCAUACCUUGGCACAGUUAAUAGUAUUUAUUAUUUUGCAUAGCCAUUAUUCCCAGGGGUCUACUCAGGAAGGUGCAUCACAACAUAACAUGGUUCUUGUUAAGCAAGAUAGAAGAUUAAUAUUUGGUAGUACUGCUAACUAUGCAAAAGUGCUCUUUUUGUCUGUUUUUAAAUGUGUUCAAAUAUAUU